AUGUGCACGGGAAGUUGUGCCAAGUGCCUGGGAACCACUCUUAUUCCCCUGGCUGUGCUAUGUACCCUCGCUAACAUUUUGUUGUUUUUCCCUGGAGGAACAGUGGCUGAGGACCAUCUCCACAUUACAGAUGAGGUCUGGUACUUCGGAGGGAUCUUGGGGUCUGGUGUAUUGACGAUCUUUCCUGCUUUGGUAUUUUUGGGCCUUAAGAAUAAUGACUGCUGUGGAUGCUGUGGUAAUGAGGGCUGUGGAAAGAGGUUUGCGAUGUUUUCUUCUAUAAUAUUUGCUGCAGUUGGAGUUGUGGGAGCUGGAUACUGCUUUAUUUUGUCAGCAGUAGCCCUAAACAGAGGCCCUAAAUGCCAAACCGGAACAGAGUGGACCUAUCCUUUCAAAAACGGGGAUUACCUUUCUAACCAUACACUGUGGAACAUUUGUCAGUCACCUGAAAACAUUGUCCCUUGGAAUCUGACCCUCUUCUCCUUGCUGCUCAUCAUGAGUGGGAUCCAGACAGUGCUCUGUGCUAUCCAAGUGGUGAAUGGCCUGUUUGGAACAAUCUGUGGGGACUGCAAAUGUUGUGGAUGUUGUGGGGUGAGCAUUUGA